CGACCUGGCGUCCACAUAUGUGGACAUCACAUUUUUAGUUGUGUGCACCAUAAAACUUAAUUCUGUGUAACUGGAACCUGUUGUACACAAACAUGGACACUUACACUGCCAUCUGGUGGGGUCAGAAGAGAAAAACACUUUACACAGAAAUUCCAAGAUGGCGGCGAACACAUCUGAAAAGUCAGGCAGCCACACCAGACCAAAACGUCCACAAGGGCGUAUUCCUCUUUCAAAGGCACUGGAAUUAGUUUUGGAAUCAAUUGCUGGGGACAACUCAGAGGUAGAGGACUUGUCUGACAUUGACGACCCCAUAGAGGAUGUUGAUUACCAUCCUCCACAACAGGAGCCAAGCAGCAGUGAGGAGGAGAGUGAUGGGGAUGAAGACCCCACUCCACAGUCCACUGAGGCCAGCCGGGGACGUAAACGUCUCCGUGGUGAAACUUAUGGUUAUCGUUCAGACCAUAGCAUUGCUAUUUUGCGCACUCCCAGACGUCAGACUCAGCAGCUUGAGUCUGAUGGCUCAAAUGAUGACCCUGAAGAGCCAACACCAGGACCAAGCUUUCAAAGACAACCCAUGCAAGGACGAGGAGUGCGCUGGAGGGCUGCUCAAUUGACCCCAAACCUAGCCCAGUUUGAGCCUGAGGAGGAAACUGAGCUCGACAGAGAAGACUGGACCCCACUGGACUAUGUAAACCAGUAUAUUGAUAAAGAUUUAAUGAAACUGAUUGUAUACUGCUCCAAUGCUACAGUACUAGCUAGGAGUGGGUACCCACUCAACACAUCAGUUGACGAGAUGUAUCAUUUCUUUGGUGCCUCAAUUUUGAUGUCCUGUGUCCCGUAUCCACAAAUCAGGAUGUACUGGUCCAGCGCAUUAAGAUUCCCAGCCAUUACAGAAAGAUUCACACGCGACAGAUUUUACAAACUGAGGCAAUCAAUAAAGGUGGUCAUUGAUGAUGACAUUCCAGAAGACCUGAGGGAAUGUGACAAAUUCUGGAAGGUGAGGCCUUUUCUUGACCGCAUUCUGAAAGGCUGCAGGUCUCAGACAAAACCCGAGAGCGUUUCUAUUGAUGAGCAAAUGAUACCAUUUACAGGAGCCUGUCCUUGUCGACAAUAUCUGCCAAUGAAGCCCAAUCCAGUUGGCAUGAAAAACUUUGUUUGUGCUUCAGCGGAAGGCAUCAUGCUUGACUUUGAAUUAUAUCAGGGUGCAGAUGCACUGAUUGCACAGGUCCAGGAGCCAGGUGAACUAGGUUUGGGAGGCUUGGUCAUCGAUCGACUGUCUGAAACUCUCCAUCCUGGUACAAAAGUGUACUGCGAUCGGUUCUUUACAUCCAUCAAGGCUGUGAAUCGAAUGAUGGAUAAGCAGGUGUACCUGACUGGUACAGUUAUGAAAAAUCGGGUUUCCGAAGCAGUGCAGAAGCUACCAAGUGACAAAACAAUGAAAAAGAAUGGAAGAGGUACCUCAGCACAAGUUACCACUGAAGAUGGGAAAAUUUGUGUUGUAAAGUGGUAUGAUAACAAGCCGGUAUUGAUGCUGUCUGUUGUUCAUGAUGGACAGCCUGAAGACACCUGCCAGCGAUGGGACAAGAAACAGAAACAAUAUGUGUCUAUCAGACGACCAAGUAUUGUUCGCGAAUACAACAACAAGAUGGGUGGGGUUGACCUCAUAGACAGGAUGAUCAGCUACUAUAGAAUGAGUGUCCGUACCAAAAAGUGGAUGCUUCAGAUGCUCAUGCACUUCACAGAUGUUGCUUUAGCCAACAGCUGGCUACUGUACCGCCAAGAUCACUUAGUACGUAGCACACCAAGAAAGGGCAUCAUGCAAUUUCUUGAAUUCCGAAUGGAAGUGGCUAAGACAUUCCUGGCCCAGCAUAACAAUGGACAGGAAGACAGUACAGACCUCUCAGAACAGGAAGACAACACAGACCAUUCAAAGCCAGAGAAAAAGCGCACUGUGAAAGAAGUACCCCACAUCUCAGUCCGCAGAAGGUCUAAUGCACAUCUUCCAGAGGUGGUCAACCUGAAGAAUGCAGCACGCUGCAGAGUGACAGGCUGUUCUGGGAAAACUCGAGUCCGAUGUGUAACAUGCAAGGUGUUCUUGUGCUUGCAAGCUGCACGCAACUGUUACACAGUCUUUCACAGCAGUUAAGUGUGAUCAACUGUUCCCACAGAUAAAAAGGACAUUCCUAGUUUGGAGUAGUUGGAGUUUUGGACUGUUCCUGGAAAACUUGAGUCCAGUUUGUAGCAUGUAAGUUGUUCUUGUGCUUGCAAGCUACACGCAACUGUUAUACAGUCUUUCACAGCGGUUAAGUGUGAUCAACUGUUCCCACAGAUAAAAAGGACAUUCCUAGUUUGGAGUAGUUGGAGUUUUGGACUGUUCCUGGAAUACUUGAGUCCAAUUUGUAGCAUGUAAGGUGUUCUUGUGCUUGCAAGCCGCAUGCAACUGUUACACAGUCUUUUACAGUGGUUAAGUGUGAUGAACUGUUCCCACAGAUAAAAAGGAAAUUCCUAGUUUGGAGUAGUUGAAGUUUUGGGCUGUAAUGUGAUAUGACAGCUUGUUUCUUAUAAAUGGUGUUUUUCCAGAUCCAUGUUCACAAGCUGAAACAUUUAUAUAUGCAACAGUAACAAUAAAAAAUGUUCAGGUACAGUACUCAGGAUUUAAAUAAAAGAGAUUUGCACUUUGUUACACAAUGGUGUCUUGAUUGUUUUCUGUGAAUACAGACCAAGUGUCCACAUAUGUGGACAUCAUUUUUUUCAAAAAGAGCUUCAUGUUCAAAGAUAAUUUCUUGUUAUUAUAUUUAUUGGUUCCUCCUAACCCCAAAUAGCUAGAAGAAAUCUAAAAUGCAUGCCAAACCAAUAUCCGUGUCUUAGGA